UCCAACCAACAAAUCGUUCUACGGUUGUAUUUAUUUUGUGCUCCGUGAAAAAGAUUUUUUUACCCGACCUUUUAUGAAAAAUCAUCAAAAAAUGGAGCAGUUGAAUGCGUUAGAAAAUGAAAUCAAAGAGUUGCGCAAAACUUUAAUGGAAAAGGAAAGAGAUUUUGAGAAACUACGGAAAGAAUUGUUUAUUAAUCAGACAGAAAUAACUGCAGGUUUACAGAGUAAAGAGACUGAAUCUAUGGUCAAAUGUGGGCAGCUACCCAAAUGGGCCAUAGAGAGAUAUAGCCGACAGAUUCUACUCCGAGACAUAGGGGUGUCAGGUCAGGCUCGCAUCUGUCAGGCUAGAGUGCUGAUAGUAGGCGCUGGAGGCCUCGGAUGCCCAGCGGCGGUAUAUCUUGCUGCGGCUGGCGUCGGAGAGAUUGGCAUAAUAGACUAUGACGUGGUGGAGAUCACUAACAUACACAGACAGAUUCUACACUAUGAAUAUGAUGAGAAUACCAGUAAGGCUGAGUCAGCUGCCGCUACACUCAGAAGCAUAAACUCCCGUAUAAAAGUAACUUCGUAUAACGUACAGCUGGACUCUAAGAACGCCCUGGAAAUAGCCAAGCACUAUGAUGUCAUACUGGACUGCACCGACAACGUGCCUACUCGGUACCUGCUCAGCGAUCUCAGCUGUCUCACUAAGUUACCGCUAAUAUCGGGCAGUGCACUCAAGAUGGAGGGUCAACUGACGAUAUACGGGUAUAGGAGUGAUACACAUACUCUGCAGAAGGGCAGCACAUACAGGGGUCCAUGUUACCGCUGCGUGUUUCCCUCGCCCCCCGCGCCUGACGCGGUGGGCUCGUGCUCAGCGCAUGGCGUCGCCGGCCCCGUGCCCGGGCUCAUAGGUACUCUACAAGCGAUGGAAGCUAUAAAGUGCAUCCUGGACGUGUCACCGCGCAAGCUGCUCGUCGAGAGAAUGUUCAUAUUCGAUGCAGAAGACAUGACUGCUAAGACUGUGCAGCUACGUAAGCGUAACUCGAUGUGCGCGGCGUGUUCGGACAGUCCCACCAUCACGCAUCUCGUCGACUACGAGGCCUACUGCAGGGCGCCUGCUAAUGAUAAGAAAAAACAAGAAUUCCGCCUAAAAUCAGAAAGAAGAAAACUCGAAAAAGAAAAACGUAUGACUGGACAGAGUUAUUUUGGAUUUCGAACUCAGAAAGAUGGAGAGAAGACAGUUUGGAUACAAGAUGUACUAAAAUCCGAGAGAAGAUUAAAACCUUCUUGCAAAUCCGAAUUUUGCACCAAAAGUGUUACCAGACACUGCAAUAAACUAACCCCUUCUGAUAGACAGAAGAUUUUCGAAGACUUCUGGCAGUUCGAAUGGCAGGACAAGAAGAAAUAUGUUCGUUCUUUAAUUGACAAUGUCCCUGUGAAACGAAGAAGAAGUUCUCACAAAGGAAUCGUCUCAAGAAAGGGCGUUUCAAAAAUCUACCAUUUGAUAUUGAAUGACGAAAAAGUUCAAGUUUGUAGAGUAACCUUUUUGAACACUUUAGGGCUAAAAGAAGCCAUGGUACGGUGCUGGCUUGGCACUCGCACGAAGUGUGGUAACCCCAAAAGUCCUAUAAAAUCACAAAAUGUACUCCAAUACGUGGAUACCCUACCAAAAGUUGGUCCAAAAUGUCAGUUCUGCAUUUCUGAUAACACUAAUAUCAUGUACAUAGAUUUGAAUGUGAAAAAUCAAUUCCAAUUAUACAAUUUGUAUGUGAACGAAAUGAAGUCUAAAGGUAUUAAACCUGCUUCGAGGAAAACUUUCUCAAAAGUGCUUCUUAAGAAGAAUUUGAGGAUUUUUAAGCCUAAAAAUGAAAGAGAUAUCUGUGACUUGGUGAAGCAACAUAAUGUGCAGAGUUUCAGUUUUCAAGCUGAAAAAUGUGAUGGGUAUUAUUAUGAAAUACAUAAUUUGAAUGAACAGUGGCCUUGAUGAGAAAAAUAUUACUAGCGGAGUAUUAUAUAACGCAAAAUCUCCUAAGAAAGUAGCGCGCCAACAUGCGGGUGUUCGGGGGACGAGGAACGUUACAGUUUUCGCCCUAAUACGCUUUCUUUCCUCCUUCUGCGAAGCAGUCAUGCUCGAGAAGGAGGAGGCGGAACGACAUAGAGUUCGCACCUCUCAUCCCGGCCGUCGCGCUGGGCCAGGCAGACACGACAGACGUUAACAAGACCAGGCAGACACCUGUGUCGCGAGACGACUCUUGUUAAGAUUUUUUUUUCAAAUUAUAGUAACUGUAAUUUGUUGGAUAGUUUUUCAAUUGAACAAAACUUGCGAUAAAUGUUAUUAACAUAUACCUUCCUAUGUUAAAUGUUGUAAUUAAAAUAAUGUCAAUGUU